AUGCGGCCACCACGUCUCCUUCUGGGACUCUUCUGCCUAAUCUUCUUCCCCAUUUUCCUCACCCUCUUUUCCGCGCUCUCAUCGCCGACUGUCGCAACCCCCAAUACGCUCGCUGGCCGGACGUCUGGGUUACAUGCCCUAUUUUCCUUCAACAUUCCGACUUCGCUGUUCCCUCCAUCAGCCAUUAUUAGCCUCACCGAUGACAAUUCGACCUUCUUCCUCGCCCGCCCGGCGGCAUUCGGUCCCCUGCUACCAGGCAAAGGCUUGAGUGGCCAGCUGUGGGUAGGAAGUGGCUUUGGAGAGGGAGGUCUCGCAGCUGGCGCGGAGGGGGAGCUCGGUUGCUCUGACAUCCCAGGCUGGGGCGAGGGCUCUGGACACAAGAAUCAGGAUUCACUUCCCAAGGGAUCAGAACAGAAGCCCGGAAGACCCGGAAGUGGUACAGUGGAAGAUGUCGCUGUUCCACAAAAUCAACCCCGGUUGCCAUCGCAGGCUGAACCCGCCCGGCAAAAUGAUCGACACGAAGGCGCGUUCCCCUCUUCGAAUGACGGAACUGAUGAUCAUUUGCACCACCCGUUGCCAGAGUCCGGUGUAUCAGACGCGAGGGCGGCCCAGAAGCAUGGUGACUACAUACAAGCCAAGCAAACCACGCAUGCCGACAUCCAAUCGUUGCAAGAAACUGCCGAGAUUCAGGGAAAUGUUGUAUUGCUGAGUCGAGGUGGCUGUGGGUUCCUAGAGAAAGUCAAGUGGGCCCAGCGCCGAGGUGCUAUUGCUGUGAUUGUGGGUGACGAUACCCGCGGUGGUAACUUGGUGACCAUGUAUGCGCGGGGUGAUACAUCCAACGUUUCCAUUCCGGCCAUGUUUACCUCCCAUACAACCGCCCACCUUCUUUCAUCAUUGAUGCCAGCUCAUCCCGGCGCAAACCGACAAUUUGGAGAUGCUUUGAAAUCACUACAGGCGAAACUGGCUGGCCAAGCUAACGCCGAUGCUCCCAAAACGACAUCGACAGCGAUUGCAGUGGCCACGGCCACGCCUACCCCUACGAGUCUUUCCACAACUGAUGAACGACCAAUUUCCGAUACAAAAUCCCGUGGCGGUUUCUUCCGCACGCUUGGCUCUCUCCUCGGCCUAUGCAGUGAACACGGAGGGCCGAACAAUGUGGGAGACAGUCGUCGUCCACCCAGCAGUGGCAACAUCGACUGGAUGAUGCUAAAUUCAUGGGAUAAAGCAAAUUCUCGAAAGGAUUCUUCAAAGAACUCCAGGGAACAUUACCGUUAUCGGGGCAAAGUUGAUGACACUCCAGCAAAUGCCCAAUCUGGUCUACCCUCCGAAAAUACCAGUGGGGACGACUUUGUCAUUGGCGUUCAGGACUGGAGAGAUCCUGAUCUGAUGCCACCACGCGGAAGCGCCCUUCCGACGCCCAGCACUUCUUCAAGCGGCAAGGACAACCAGAAGAUGACUUUGCCCGAGACUGAAAUGGCCACGGGGGGUAAUAUUCUGCGCGGCGGAAGUAUUACGCCUGGUAGUGGCGAAUACCAGAGCAUUGAUAAGUCCACUGGUAAUGUCCGUGACACCAGUUUGGAAGAGUCAGAGAGGGUUACCAAUUCCGCGAAAGAUGGGUUCACUAAACCCGGAAAGGGUUGGUUUUCGAACCACUUCGGUUGGGGUUAUGAUGAUGAAGAUUCGAAGCAAGCAGCUCAGCCAUCUUCACCUCCAUCAACCCAGAAUCCCCCCGCUUACCAGAAGAUCCAAAACAUGGCCCAAUCGUCGAGCCCCGUGACUCCCCUGCUCUCAGAGCAUGAUGGUCUUUGGGUGACCUUGACGCCUACCAGCAUGUCAACCAGUCCAUUUUUCGAUACUCUUUUGGUUCUAGUGAUUAGCCCGCUCCUGACGUUAACCGUUGUCUACGCUUUGUUGUUGCUGCGGUCCCGAAUCAGGCGCCGUCGUUGGCGUGCUCCCAAGUCGGUCGUUGAGCGCCUUCCCGUUCGAACAUAUCACACGAUUGCAAGUGUCUCGUCUUCGUCUAGCUCGAGCUCUCUGCGGCAUACUAGUUCGGGUCCUGUGACGCCAGCGUCUCCACUACUUGGCGAUGAUAACAGAUCCGGUACCUCUCGCCCCACUCGAUCGCGUUCUCAGACUAUCGCUGGCAUGAUCGUGGACUCAUCGACGAUUCCGAAGGACGAAAAAUUCGUUGCAGUCCAAUCGGGAUCGACUUUAUGGCGUCGCAAAUACACUGGGAGGCAGGUUGAAUGCGUCGUUUGUCUCGAGGAGUAUAUCGAUGGACAAAGUCGAGUUAUGAGUUUGCCUUGCGGCCAUGAAUUCCACGCGGAAUGCAUUACUCCUUGGCUUACAACCCGACGGCGAACCUGUCCAAUCUGCAAAGGGGAUGUGGUUCGCUCCAUGGCUCAUCCGCAGGGCGAUGCAGCCCGCGAACAAGGCGAAGAGAUCGCGCGCCGUCAUCCCCAGGAGUCAAAUCCACAAUCGGAAUCAUCUUCCGCUCCACUUCUCAUUGACAGCGUUCACGAUGAUAAUGACCCGGACACCGAGCAGAACGCAGGCCUUGACGGCCACGCGCAUUCUGCACCGCAAUCAAGCUGGAGGAAUCUAGCUUCGCUUAGCUUCUCCGCUCUGAGCGGCGAUACUAUUUGGCACCAAGCUCGUGCGGACCGGAACCGCUAA